GCCCCCCUCAGAUAAGCCCAUCUGUGCUGGAGGAAAGUCAGCAAAAAAGUGCGGAAAACUCCGGUGCGAAGGAACGACUCCUGAGUUUUUGUUUUCUCCACCGCUUUUCGUGGAGUUCCCUCCCGCAUGCCCGCAGAAGUCGCUUCAUUCUCGGUCAAGUAGGGACCGUCGUACCCCGGUGAAGGAGAAGCUCCGUUCGCCGCCCGCGGAGCACUUUUCGCGGACGUUUCACUUCGUUGACUGGAGGGCUGACUUCCUGCAAGCAGGCCUCUUGGAGAGGGGAGAGACGGAAAAAGAGGCUUUUCCGUCCACUUCCAAAUAUUGUCCGUGUAUUGGAGGCGGCCAGCUCACGACAAUGGCCAGGAGAUGCACCCUCGCCUCGCUGUUGCUUCUCACAACGUUGGACUUGGCAUCUGCAGGGCCGCUGUUUCGCAGUCCAUGCGAGUUGCUGCCAGUGGGCUUGGCCCACCCCGUGCAGGCCAUGAGCAAGAGCUUCACAGCCCUGUCGGGCUGCGCCAGCCGAGGCACGAGCACCCUCCCGCAGGAAGUCCACGUAGUCAACCUGAGAGGCACCAUCCCCCUGAGACCCGGCGGCAGCACCCCCGCGGAGGUGGAGCUGCACCUGAAGCCCAUCCAGUCUCUGCUGCGCCACCAGAAGCCUCUAGUCUUGGUCCUCAACUCCCCGGCGGCCCUCGUGUGGAAGGUGAAGACGGAGAGCCUCGCCCCGGGCGUCAGGCGCACCUUUCACGUCCCCGAGGGCUCGGAGGUUCGCUUCCAGCCGGGAAACUUCUCGCUCUCCUGUCAGGUCCAAAAGGAGCACCUGCUUCCCCACGGCAACGAGCACCUCCUCAGCUGGGCCCAGAAGCUGUACGGGGCCGUCACCUCCUUCUCCGAGCUCAGGAUGACUCAAGAUAUCUACAUCAAAGUCGGAGAAGAUCCUCUCUUUUCCAACAUGUGCAAGAUCGACAAUAAGUUCCUGUCCCUGAACUACCUUGGCGGCUACAUGGAGGCUCAAGCCUCCAAAGGUUGCGUCCUCUCCACAGCCCAGCACGACCAGGAGGUCCACAUUGUGGAGCUACAGGCGCCCAGCUCCAGCAGUUCGUUCCAGGUGGAGGUGAUUGUGGAACUGCGCCCGCUUGAAGACGACGCUACGCUCCACCGCGACGUUGUCCUGCUGCUCAAGUGUGUCAAGUCGGUCAACUGGGUCAUCAAGUCCCACAACGUGGUGGGCAAGCUCACUGUUGUGGCUUCUGACAGCAUCAGCAUGAGCUACGGCACAGAGAGGCUGAUGCAGGUGUCCAAAUCCCCCAAGCAGCACUUGCCAUCCGGGCCGCAGGCGCUGAUCCAGUGGGCCGAGGAGCACGGCUACGGCCCGGUCACCACCUACACUAACACGCCCGUGGCCAACCACUUUGACGUGUGGCUCAAAAAGCAAGACGUGUCUGACCACGCCAAGAGCAUGCUACCCCCAGAGCUGUCCAUCCUACGCGACACCGGGCCACCCAUGGGCGGACGCGGCGGCGGGGCCUCUCCGCGCCGCUCCGGCCCGCCCUUCCCAUUAUUUCCGCCCGCGUCGGAGGGUCUGGCCCACCUGCCGCUGCCCUCGCUGCUGGAUGAGCGUCCCUGGGAGAAGACGGAGCCCGAGGAGCACCGGGCCGUCCUCAGCGUGGGGCUCGCCGUGCAGUGCCUUGACACCAAGAUGGUGGUCAGCAUCAGCAAGGAGAGCCUCCAAGCCAACGGUUUUGGGCACGCCAACCUGACGCUUCAAGACUCCCGAUGCAAAGCGGCAGUCAACGCCACCCACUACACACUGGAGACUCCGUCGAACGGGUGCCAGACUACCGUGUACCCCCUGCUGGGGACGUCCAAUGCACUCCACAUCAACACUGUCCUAAUAAGUCACGGCGAGUCAAAGGACGGAAGUGGUGGGCCCCUGGAGUUCGAGGACCAGGAAUCUGGAGAUGUCUUCUUCCCCAGGGAGGCUGUGGACCUGGAAAGGAUGCCGCCCAGAGAUCAGCUGUCAAUCAUAACGUUCAACUGCACGUACCGACAAGAAAGCAGGAAAACCCCGGACCCGCCGCCCAAGAAAGUCCCAGCAAGCGGUGCGGCCCGGCCCGUGAACAUGGCGUUCAGCAUGGACCUGUAUGAUGCACCGCCAUCCAACCAGCCGUCCCGACAGGCCUUCAACACCGUCUUGCAGAACCAGCCGAUUUUCGUGGAGAUCACGUCGAUAUCAGCCGACGCGAGCGUGGGCUUCAACAUCCUGUCGUGCUUCAUUUCGCCUGACGCCAACCCCAAAAUGGAGUCGUCCUACACGCUCAUCGAGACCGUUUGCCCCACGGACGAGUCGCUGCGCUUCCGUCAACACGCGCAGAAUGACAAGAAGAGUUUCAGCUUCACCUUGAAGUCCGACUUGAACGCGUCGCGGCUCUUCCUGCACUGCAAGAUGGCGCCGUGCGCCCACGCCAAUCCGCACCUUGCACCGUGCGUGGAUGCGAGCUGGCAGUGUGACUCGCUGCGCGUGGAAGACAUCCUGAACAUGAUGAUGAACGCCAAGACCAGCAGCAAAUCUCUCAUCCUGCUGGACGGGGACCGCCCACCCCACAAGACAGAUCCACCUCCACACGCAGGCCCGGAUGAUCCCACGAAUAAAAACACGGCGGCGCACCUGCUCGACACGCCAACCGUGGUUGGAAUUGCCUUUGCCGCCUUCGCCAUCGGCGCUCUGCUGACGGGAGCGCUUUGGUUCAUUUACUCGCACACAGGCAGAACUGCUGCAGCAGCUGCAACAGAAGAGAUGACCAAGGAGGUCCAAAAUUGUCCACCUGCCUCAGAGAACAGUAGCGCCGGCCACAGCAUCGGCAGCACACAGAGCACACCCUGCUCCAGUAGCAGCACGGCGUAGCGGAUGGAACCAACCCGGGCCGGAGCCUUCCCGCCCUUCUGCCUGGGUCCAAAAGACUAAAGAACUCAGGGUACUGUGACACCCGGGAAGGCGGGACUUGUGGCCUUCUCCAAAAAAAAAACAAAUUAAACAAAUUUCACCCCACACCAUGAAACAAUUGAAACUUAGUCUUCAAGAAAAAUACGUGUUGUUAAAUUGCAAAGUUAAUGACAAUUCUGAGUACAGUAUUCGACCUGAAAAGUUUAAUUCUCAUAACAAAUAGGCACUUUAAAAAACUCUCACAUGGGAAAUUUUUCUGAGUAAGCCCCAAUUGAAACUUAGUGUACAAGAAAAAUCUGUGUUGCUAAAUUGCAAAGCGAGCCCGCCAGCUUGUAGCAUGAACAGGAUGUUUUUAGCAAGCUGAUACAGUAGAUCAGAAUAUAAUAGGAACAAAAGAACCACUACUGGUCUUAAAAAUGGUUUUCAACGUGGUAUGUCAAGAAAGCUAUCGGUUUUGAAUGUAAACAGAAGUUUGAAAAUACCAAAUAAUGUGAAAGACGUGAAGAUAUACUGAUAAGAAAAAAACAGUUUUAUACAUCUUUUUUUUUUUAUUCCUCAUUUGCCGUAUCGUAAACAAGUGUCUUCGAUACAGCAGUAAAAGAUAAGCUAGGCUAGCUAGAUUUAUGUUUUUUUUUUUAUCUGUUGAACUGGUGGUGUUUAUAGAUUUCCUUUUUUUCCGGACUGAGACAAAUGGGUGGACAGCAUGCUGUCGGAUCAUUAGCAUUGUUAGCAGAUUAGCAUUCCCCAAAGAGUUUCCACUGUGUAAAGCUCAGCUAACAGUCCCCCAGAACCGAUCUUCGCGUCUGUUUCUUGGAAAGAAACCGAGGCCAAAUUCUUAUGUGUGCUUUUUCUGUCCAUUUUUUUCAAUAAGAUUAUUCUUGUCUUUUUCUCCAAAAUGUGACAAAAUGUUUGAUACCACUCCAAGUCAGAUUGUAAGCAUUCUGAGCUUCUCCACUAAAAAAAGAUAAACACUCCCUUCAAUUCAAUGUACAUCUUAAUAGAUGGACUAAGUCCAUCUGUUUUUCUCAUGCUCAACUCGCGCAACAUUUUCACAUAACGUUUUAAAGAUGGUGCCAAUCUUGUCUCAUUCUGGGAAAGAAACAAAAUGAGGAAAACAUUUUGCAAGUUUUCUAUAGAUUUUUUUGUAUUUUUCUUUAAAAUGGGACAAACAGAUUAGCCAUUCAAUGUUGAAUAUUUAGUAUCGUUUAUUAGCAUUGCACUCUAUGCAUCCACUUCUUUUAAUCUAACAUUUCAUUUCACAGGGCUGACCCAUUCAAACUGUUUCUCCUAUGCGAAGCUAAACUAAGCUAACUGUCCCCACCCAGCUUUUUAAAGAGUGGUACCAAUCUUAUAUUCUUGUUCUGGGAAACAAAACAAAAAUGAGACUAAAAUAUCAGAAGUGUCCUUUUUUAUAUAUAGGUUUUUAUAAUGUACAUGUGUGUGUAAAUACAGUAUUGUAAAUAGUUGUUAAAAAGGUUGACUGUGACGCGUACGUGUUGGUGAUGUAGCAAUUCACAUCCUGUUACUUAACGUCCUUUUUCCCGAAUGGAGGGAUAGCUUUAUUCUGUCACUCGCAUAAAAACCCUGUUCUGAAAAUUUGCCAAUGCCAUAUGGUCUACUUUUGCUUGCCCAGCUCCAAUGCGAAACUAAGUUAAGCCAAAAAAAACCCCACUGCCUCACAUUGUUAAUUUAGCCAGUGGUUGCUGAGUUUAAUUGAUGAUUAGAUUGAAAUCAUAACCGUUCUUUGAUGAGGAGUUUUCCAGACAAAAACCUGACACAAAGUAACAAAUCUUGGGUUUUGUUUUUUUAAAACAUAAUUUUGUUUUGUCUGAUGAUUGUUUUGAUACAGUGAGCAAAUUUGCAAGUAUAAAACCAGACAUGACUUUUAAGUAAAAGCUAAGUACCACCUCGGAGUUUUACGAAUGUUUGCACCAAAGUUUUUUUUUUCAUAUACUUGUCAUAUGUAAACAUGUAUAAAGAGGGAAGAGAGUCUAGUACAUAUAUAUUUGUGUAUAAAAAUAUAUUUUGGAAUAUAUUUAACCAGAGGAAUUUUACGAUGCUAUUUUUGAAGUACUGUGAAUUGCCCAUCGUCACAUUUUAUGAGGGAGUUUUGUUACUUUUUACAUCGUCAUUCAAUGUAACCGUGAUGCAGAUUGUAAAAAACUUUUUAAUCUGUUUUGCUUUUCUAUAUUUUCAUGUUCAGACUGUUAUAAAGACAAAAAUAAAUGUACCAAGAUAAUCUA